ACGUCUUCGUUUCCGGUUGAGUAGUGGGUACCGGCUUGUUUUUUUUCCUUCAAGCAAGCAAACAAAACAGAAAUUGUUGAUAUCUUAUUACAGGCAGAAAAUGUGUUUUCUCUGGUGAAACUCCUACAAGAUCAACACCAUGGGAUCCGAGCGCUACCGGGUAGAAGUGCUGCACUAUCUCAACCCGCACCUGAUUUGGGUGGAAGUGGUAAAACCUCCUGACUCACGACAAAGUUGUUCAGAUUUCCAUUUUGAACAAAUUGGAGUGUAUGGCAUCCUGCCGCUGCAGUAUACGAUAGACAUCGUUGAGGUCUCGCUCAAGCCGAUGAAGAGCGAUGAGUGGCAGCCCACCAUUCGGGAAACGAUGCGCCAGGUCAUAGAAGAGGCAGACGAAGUGUGGUUCAGUGUGGUUCACAUCGAUAGAAGGAACUCAAUUUUCGACACCAACAUCCAUAAAUAUGGAGAGAUUGUCAUAAAGACUAAAAGCGGGGAAUACAGGGACCUAUCAACCAUUCUGACCAGCACAAACUUUGCCUACGCUGAUGAGUGUGCCUUCUUAAAUGAGCUGUCCAAUUUCAAACUGAAGACCACAUUGAGCGACUCUGAAGUGCAAAAGGUUAUAAGGCAAUUGGAAAAGAGCUACACAAAGAAAAAACACCCCAAAAACCAUUGGGAGAAGUCGGUCAAAAGCCACACUUCAGUCUUCCAAAUGCAACAGAAUUUCGAAGCUUCCCUCACACAAACUAACAUCCAGCACCACAAUAAGCUCUCAAAGCUUGUCAAUGAUAGCAUUGAAGAAGUAAUUGAAAAAAAGAGAGGUGACUUCAAAUUGUGUAAAGAUAUUGAUGAAGUGUCCAUAGGAAGGACAAAAGAGCCUUCUAAAGAAUUGACAAAUAAACAAAAGCUGUCUAUUGUGGCUAAACGACUGAACUUGAUGAAAAGAGGUGCUGCUAAUAAUAGUGUAACUGACACAGCUGCACAGUACCGUCAUGAAGGCGAUGAUGAUUUUGAUGACCUAGAUGAACCAGCCAAUAGACCUCAGAGUAAAAGAGUAGAUUUUGAGAAAAAACACGGUGAAUUGGCUAGAAAAGAAGUAAAUGAUAAAUCUUUUGAGGAGUACCCUCCUGUUGAUUAUGGAGUCCCGAAGAUGCCUAAGAAAUCGAGAAAAACGAAGCCUUCGCCAAAGAAGAUCAUCAGUUAUGACGAAAAAACCGAGAGGCUAAUUGCUUUUGGUCCCCCGGAAUUCGACAAAAACAAAUUGUGCCCAAUAGCAGUUCCCAAGGACACUAUGAUGAAUAAAGCAACUGAAGAUCAAGACAAAGAUGAGGAAGGUGCAGCUGAAAUAGGUACAACUCGGGAUGGCCUGGCAGGUUUGGACUCAGAAGUCAACUUCCCUAUAAACCAUGCUAAAUAUAAAUCAUAUGGUAAUAGCAAUUUGAGCAACAAUGUUGUAAAUAAAAAUGUAGAACCUGUUUUAACGGUACCUUUACAAGUACCUGUUAAUGAUGAAACAUUAAACAAAAGUAAUUCUGACGCUGAUUGCUCUUCAGUGUCUUCUGAUAGUGUAUUUAAUAAAAAAUCUACUAAAGUCAUGUCCUCUGCCUUGAUGAAAAAACUUAUGUUGCAUAAAAAAGUUCAGUCAAGCGAUGACAAGUCAACCAAUGGCGAUGAUUCAGACAAUGAAACUACAUUAUCAUGUAUAGUUCAAAGACUCAAAUUAGACGAACCAGCUCAGACACCCAUCGAAAAUGUUACAACGCGUGCGUCAAACGUAAUUUCUGAGCCAAAUCACGUUAAUCCAUUCAAAAACACAGAUCCAAGCAUUUCGAGAUUCGUCGAUAAAUUAGUGAGUCCAGUGCUCAUGGUUCACUCUAAGCAGAACCAUCGUAUACAACCUGAUUACGAGCUGCGGGACCUACCUUUCAGUCCGGCUAUCUUUUCCGUUCUAUCUGAAAUGUCUAUCAAACGCCCCAUGAUGCUGCAGACCGUGACUUGGAAAACCAUUCUAAAAGGUUUCUCUCUUUUUAUGGUCAGUCCUAAGGAUAGUGGAAAGACUAUGGGAUACACCCCGGCUGUGUGCAGACUGGUGGCUGAUUACGACCCUUCAGAUGUGCCUGACAGCCUCGGCCCUAUAUGCAUUAUUGUCUGCGCCACCGCAUUGUCUGUGGUGGAGGUGGAACGACAAUGCAGAAGAUUUUUGGGCCAGAACAAGAAGGUUAUAAGUUGCUACGCCGGUGUAGACGAACGUCACGUGACCACAUCACUCCUGAAUGGAUGCGAUAUAUUCAUUUGCACUCCAUCGGCGCUUGUUCGCCGCCUCAAUAUGGCUGAUUUCGGUGUUGACCUUCGAAGGCUUGCAACUUUCGUUUUUGAGGACUGCGAACGGCUGAACGAAGUUUUCACAAACGAAAUCAAGUUCUUCCUGAUUAAAAUUAAGGAGAUGCUCAAAAAUCGCGCUAACAAAGUGCUUAAAGUGCAAUUCAUUUUGGCGUCAAGAAUCUGGUGUGAGUUUAUGGAGUUGCUGGCUAAAAAAGCUGCGAAACCCGUGAUAUGUAUUGGCUCAUUCCAAGAGUGUGUGCUCUAUUCCAAGACUAAUAUGUCCGUGAGCUUCGUUAUGAAGGAAAAUAAGCUGGAAUAUGCUCUGGAGUUUGUGAAAAGUAUUGACACAUCCAAAAGAACUGUGAUUGUUUGUCGCUUCGACGAAGAAGUCCAAGCCGUUGCUGAUAUGCUGAGGAAACACAAGUACCACUUGUUUUCCGCUGACAGUACAAUGACAGUUGAGGAUCUGUCGAGUUUGUGCUACAAAUGGGCCGAAUAUGAGGAGGCGGUCAUGGGUCCCAUCUUAGUCUGCUGUGACGGAAAUUUGACCCAUUUGAACAUCACUGAUGCACAUUUCCUCCUGCACUACUCACUGCCGAGUCUAUUCUCGAUGUUUUCGCGACGUUUCGCAGUCCUCAUAGACCAUUAUCCGUCAAUGUUCAAAGAAACCACCGAAUGUGUCAAGGUCAAGAUGCUUCUGGAAGAUACCAACGUGGAACAGUUGCCCAAAAUCUUGCAUUUCAUCAAACGAUGCUCAAACGAAGUACCGGAAUCUUUGGAUGCCAUUUGCAAAGAGGUUUUGUCGGAAAGGGACAAAUUUAAAGCCACUAAUUUGGUGCCAUUCUGUGACAACACACUGGCAUUGGGUGAGUGUCCGGACUUCUGGAAUUGUCAAGAGAGACAUGCGUUGUUCGUAGAGCAUGACAAGCCAGCUGAUUGGGUUCCUAAAACUGGCGUUAUAACCUUCAGCAUACUCUAUUACCACACCGCAGUGGCAUAUUCAGCGAGGUUAAUAGCUACUACAGUCAAUGGCCGCACAGAAGAAUACCCCAGAACUUACGUCAAUCUGUCUCUAAAGAUGGGAAUGUACUUCAGCAUAGAAAGCAACAGGCAGCUCCACGGUAUACCACAAGUAGGCGACAUUUGCGCUGUGGCGCAGAAAAUAAACUUCUUCGAAAGAUGCCAAGUUGUCAAGGUGCUGAGUAGAUACGAAAAGAACAAUAACCCCAAAUUCGUUCUUGUCAGGCUGAUGGACGAAGAAAGAUUCUGCAAAGCGCGAGACAUUGAUCUCUUUUAUCUACCUGACAACUUCAGGCAAGUCAACACCCACGUUGUCCAUGUCAAACUUGCAAACAUCCAACCGAAGGAUAAAGAUAUCACGUUCUCUUAUCUGGCCAAAGACCAGUUGAGGAAACUCACUGAAAACCACCAUGAUAUCUUCAUGAGAGCUAAUAUUGUCCUGACGAUUGGUAACACAGUCUUGGUGGAAAACCUCGAAGCUUGUCAAGAUCUACCAGCAAUGCGACAAGUUGUAGUUCGCUACAAUUUCAAAGAAGAGCUCAUGAAGGCUCAUGCUAUAUCCAACCCGGAUCACGUUCCCAAAUUGCAAGAACUGUGCAAAAGAGAUGGACUUGACACGAAACCUAAUGUUGAAGAGCAACAAGUCACCACGGUCACUGCGAAGCAUCAGUUUAACACCCGCUGGGCCCAUCUAGAAAGCGAUGAUAUAAACCUUGUUUAUUUCGCAUCUGCCGAGAAUCCUGACAAAUUUUUCGUAAGGCUUGAAAAGUUCGUUGAUUGCCUGGAAUUAUUGACGAAAGAUGUACAGAAGUAUGUGAAUUCACAGAAACACGAGCCUUUGUCGUCUGUGGAAGAAAACGACAUAGUUUUGGCCAAAUUCCCUGAUGACUCCCUUUACUAUCGAGCAAGGGUCGAGUCUGUCCUGAUAUCGGGCAAAGUAAGAUGCUUUUUCGUAGAUCAUGGCGACUGGAGAGACGUGAGCACCAAUGACUUAGUUCAUAUAACCGAGGAUUUCGUUAAUAGAAUGCCAUUCCAAGCGAUUGAGUGCCGUUUGAUUGGUAUUAGGCCCGGAGGCGAUCAAUGGACCGAAUUCAGUACUAAUUGGUUCUGCGACCAAUGCUUCGAAGGUUCCUCUGACCAGUUGAAAGAAUUAUACGUGAAAUAUUUCACAAAACAGAAGGCUGAAUCUACGGGCGGCCAUAAAUAUGGCGUGGCUGUUGUGGACACGACUACAGACCAAGAUAUUGUUAUUAACAGGUUGAUGGUCGACUUUAAUCUGGCCCAAGAAGACGAUGACGAAAUAAUCUAUUUAAACGAGCUAGAUUUCAAAAGAAAAGAGCAGCCUAAAUCGGACUCUGAUGAUGAUUUAGAUAUUGAACAGGAGGAAGAAGAGAUAAACAGUCCGGUUCUCGCAUCUGAAGUCAGUGAAGCAGAACCUGCCCCAUCCCUAAAAGAAGUAGCUGAGCCAGAAAUAGAUAACCAAAUAGUCGCAAAAAACAAUCUAAAAACAGAUGACAAAAUAGUCGCAAGCAACAGUCUAAGCAAUGUUUUUAUGAAACAGCCAAUUCGUUCUGUUCCUCUGGUCAGUUCGGAUAACAGUGAAGACGAGUGGGAUGUCCAAAUGAGUCCCGCAGCGAUCCAAGCUAUGUUCAAAAUGUGCACCAACAACGAACCACCGACAGAGACGAAAGUUGUGCACAAGAAUAUACCUGCUAUACUGGCAGCCAAAAACAUAUCAGAAGGUUCAACAUGCUCCUCACAAAACAGCGAGUAUGAAAUAGUUCCAUCACCUCGAAAAAUGCUUGAAGAAUUGGACUCUGAUGACUUGACGUCUCCUGAACAUACGGAAGUAAUGAAAAACACUCCAUUACAAACACCGAUUAAAGAUGAUUCAUUUGUGCACAUUGAUCCAUUGAAGAAACCAAAGCUGGUUUGGCGCCAGAAUAAAACGCACAUAUCAAUUAAGAUUGAACUGAUCGGAGUAGAGGAAUAUAAACUAGACAUAAACAGCCGAAGUUUAAAAUUUGAAACGACAAUCCACGAUACAGAUUAUGGCUUCGAAAUUGACCUUUACGGGGGUGUAGAUGUCGCUAAAUCCUCACACGCAUCAAAAGGCCUGUACAUUUUCGUCAAGUUAUCGAAAUUGCUCAAGAAAACUUGGCUGUCGUUGACGAAAGAUGGCGCUAUCAAGAAAUGGAUAGUUUACGAUCCUGACAGCAUAGACGCAUCGAGUGAUGAAGAUGAUGAGAUAACGAUAAAGAAGGAAAGGGAUAGAAUAAUAGAAAGCACCCAUUAUAGUGUAUCUGAUGAUGACGAUGAAGACGAUAAUUUAAUCGAUGACAUGACGUUUAGACAUCGGUACAGUAAUAAUGAGUAGGAUAAUGACGAGUAGAGAUUGAUUAAAGUUGAGUUUUAUGUGCCUUUGAGUUCACUGAUAAUAUAAAGUAAAAUUAGGAAUAGUUUAGUUCAGAUAACAGUUCCUAAAACUACGUUUAGCUCUGUUUUAGAAAUAAUAGGUACAAAAUUCCGCCUGCCUAGGUCUGAUUAUUCGUAACGAUAACUUUGUAAGUUAAGAAAACUGUUAUUGUUAUAUGUGUGAUCUGAUGAUUACUUAUGAAAUAUGUGUUUUAAGCUAUUACGUAUAUUCUACUAUAAGUACACAAAGUAAGUACAACAAGUAAGGAUGUGUGGCCGAUUUCAAGUAAUUGUUUUUUGGGCGCUUCCGUGCUUUGGACGGCACGUUAAGCCGUGCGUGGUUGCUGUUUCAGCUGUAGUCGUUAAGCCUAGUCAGACGACUUCGGGCAGCUUGAAAACAUCUGCCAGUUGUUGAAAACAGUUGCCCACCAACCCGACAACUCUAUCAGGCUCUCAGCACACCCAUUCUUGUGUUGGGUCCACCAACCCGCACUAGGCCAGCGUGGUGGACUAGGCCUAAAACCCUUCCUUCAUUGGAAGGAGACCCGUGCCCCAGCAGUGGGUACGUGAUGGGUUGUGAUGACGUGGAUGAGGUACCUAUAUUCUAUUUUUCACUCGAAUGGAACAUUGUGUUUAUAUUCUAAACUGCCUUCCUAAGCUUGGACUAUUUCUCCCCAGAUGUGCACAGCGGUCAUUACUAUACUCACGUGCAAAGAAACAGUUCCACUUUCGAGAUUCAGUCAUUUUUUUUAA